AUGACCAAGUACGCGAGACAACUGGGGUUUAACAUUGCAGGUCUUUUGGGUUUCGGCUAUGAUCUAGGUCUUCAAACCGAGAAGACUAAUCGGUCCAUGCUCACAAUGCUGGACGCGGGAACUGCAUGGAGCAAUAUGUCUCUACAGUACCCCAGCCUUCCAGGAUUCAGAGCAGCCUUGAUCUUGAUCAAGACCUUUCGCAAGUUCCACUGGCCGUAUCUUGCCAUUAUUGAAAAGAUGAUUCGCCUCCGCACGGGCAUGGCAAAAGGUGCCAAGCAUGAUCUCUAUUCAGUCGUGGCAAAUAGUUUCAACGAUCAAUCCGACAGCGGCAUCAGGGAUAGCAAGCUCUGGGGCUGA